GUGCGACUGGAAGAAGAAAAAAUUCACGCUCCAAGGGAAGUUGUUUCGUUUUUAUCGGUUUAUUCUUUCUUGUAUUAUUCCCCUCUUGUUGCGGUAAGCCCGUUGUGGCCGUUUCUUUUCUUUCCCGCUAGGCGGAUGUGACGUCAUGGCCCAGAGCUUGGCACAGCCAACAACAGUUGGUCUUGUGCUCUCUUUAUUAACGUUGUACUAAUCCAUGGGACCAUGGACCUUUCCUACAGGCCACGAAAGUUUUCUCACACAACUUUCUUCCAUUGGUUGAACGGUUGAACGACCUCAUGCGACCUCUUUUGACUCUUGACCUGGGAUGGGAAAUCUCUGUCUGCUGGAGAUUUUCCAUCCGUCUCAAGAGUUCAAGGUCAAGGUCAAAUCUGAGCACAGUUAGUCACAGAAUUAACGCAGGAAUAAAUAUGAAAUGAAUUUAGGUGCUAUGAAAGUUUUGAUUAAAUAAGGCAAUUGAAAAUGGCCGAGAGAAACCGGAUUAGAGACCAUGAUUCAACGUGUGCCCUAUAAGGCCAUCGUUGAGUAAAAAAGGUAUAGAGGGAAGCUGAUGGCAAAAGAAUUUAAAUAUCUAAAGAGAGAAAGACGGCCAUAUAUGGCGCCAUCAAGGUCUGUGUACUUGGCUGUCGGCUAUUGGGAAACUGGUUUUUCUCGUCUUUCUUUGAUGGAUCAUGUUUUCUUGUUUAGAAAGAGAAAUUCUAGUUAAAAGUUAUAUAUCUUGAUGAAGACUUGAAGCUGCUCAACUGGUCACGUUUUCCCUAUCCUAAUUUAUUUACAUUCAAAGUCGUAUGGUAAUCAAUGGGGCCCCUCUCACGAUUCAACCCUGCCAUCACGCACGCCAUUUCUUUAUUCAUUUCGUGACCGUGCCAUUUUUUUUUUUUCUUCUUUUUCCACUUUUGGCUCCAUCCCAAACAAGGGAUUCCAUCAUAUUUUCUUUUAAGUUUAAAUAAAUCGUUUAAACGAACGGAAAACAGUGAAAGUUUUUGGUUUUUCGUCGAAAGAUAUCGAUUUCAUGUGUUUUGGUUCGUUGACCGCUUUCUCUCGUGUGUGCGACUUGGAACCAAUCGAAAUCGAUCGAGACACAACUCAAGUGUUCGAAGCUGCGUCAUUAUCGAUUUCUUGAUCAUCGAUUUGCCGAUGAAAACUUCCGGCACAUGCGCAGCCGUCAUACGAAAUCUUAUUAUUGAUUUUGUUUGGUUUUUAUUUUUUUAUUUCUUGAAAAUCUGGUCGAGCGGAUCCCGCGGAACGGCAUCGUGAGAGAGUAAAAUAGAAAAAAAAUUUUCACGCAACUGCGUCAGCGGUAGUAGCAGACGGGAUGAAAGGCUUGGUGUGUUAUAGAGCUGGCUGGCACGACGCCUCAAGGUGGUCUGUGACGUCACAGCCGUGGCCGAGCAGCUACCACCACACCACCUGGCUUCCAUGACCUGCGCCCGUUUUUCAACCGUCCCCUGAGGGCUAAAAGAUAAGAAAAUUUUUCCUUCCAAAGAGAAAAGACUUAAGCAGAAAAAGGGAAGAACUAGAAAAAGAAAAAUAUGCUGACGUCACUUUUAGCCAUGACCAAUCACCACCCAGUCAGAGCCCUCCCCCCUAUCUAAUCAGACCCCUCCGUCUUUUUUUCCGUUUCUCUCAUUCUCUGUCCCUUUAUCAAACGGUUGCUUUAUCCACCUCCAUUCUCGAGACCACGCGCUCUCCCAAAUUGUUUCAGAGUUAAACUUUACACUGCUCUGAUCGAUAAAAUGCAAAACAUGCCACGUGAUGACGUCGCCCGUAUCUUAUUUCCCUUUCACGCUGAUAGGGAGCGUGUUUUUGUGUAAAAAUGGCCACGUUUCCUGCAUCGUUCCCUCUCUCUUUUUUCGUGAUAAAAAGGGCGGCGAUCUGCGCGUCGUCAUUUGAAUAAUAAACAAAAAAGAGUUCACAAUUUCAGUCUUUUUUUUUAUUUUUCUCGGCACGGAAAAAUUGAGGCCAAGUUGCGUCACAGUCAAGAGUCCACACGCUGCUGCUGCUGCCAAGUAUUUCUUUGUGUGUGUGUAGACAUUUUCGCUGAAACCUGUUUUUUAAAAAUAAAAAUUUUAUAUUAUAUUUGGACUUUGGUCCUUAUCGACCAAUAAUUCAAUAGGCGACACACUUGGAAGAUUCGACGUUCCGAUUCGUCGGAUUUUUCACGUUUCGUCGAUUUUUCCAAGGUUUUUCUUGUUUUUAUUUUAUUGAAGCCAAAAAAAGAACCGAGAUAAUCGUCUUCCGCAAAAGAAAAACCCUCUUUAAAGUCCCCUGGAAUGUUGAGUUCCUCCACCCUGGACACACAGUUUAACGUUUCAGUUUGACCUGCAUUAAAGAAACGAUGCCUGCGGGCAUAGCCGAACGGUUGUUUUCCCUUAAAUAAAAAUAUAUUUUUCAAGAGUUGAAAUUGUACCCAAAAAAGCGCGGCCAUCUUUUCUUUCACCCCCGAUCUUUCCCAAAUCGACUUUUACACACACACACACACAUAAAUAGACAUCCAUCUUUCUUUUCUGUGGAGAAUGCAAGGCCACGGCCAAAAGAAAUAACUGGGCGUGCGUGUGUGUACGGAAUGAGUCCACACACACACACACACACACACACACAGAGUCUCUUAUUUUUCUCUCGGCUGCAAAUAGCUCAACGGGAGAAAACGUGCCUCAACCUAUUCCCACCCUUCCCCCCCACUCGCCCUUUUCUCUUUGGAACCGGGCCACCACCACCACAAGUCGUCUGUGACGUCACACAACAUGGCCGCCACACAGCAUCGAUUUACCGCUUCUCGUGUCUGCUGGGUUGGGAACACACUUUUAUUUCUUUUUCGAGGGGAAAUGGAAUGACUGUGGAAAGUGGCGGAAUGGGUGAUGAAAAAGAGACGAGAGAGAGAGAGAGAACUAGGGCUGGGCAACACACAAGGCCAUGCAUACGUAUAGGGCGGGGCGGAGCUUAAUAAAUAUGGCGGCCAUCUUUAUUUUUUGUAAUUCUUUCUCUCGUCUCAAAUAAACUUGUUUUAACAUUUUGAUUUGAAACAAACCAACGUCUUCGAGUAACGACAUUUUCUAAAAAAUAAAACUGGUUUUUCUAAUCGAAAGGAAGAAACAAGUUUUGACGACGAUUAUAUAUUAUGUUCCCCACUCUCUAAAUACGGCGUCUCGUGUUUUUCUCGACUUGGCUGCCGUCAGUGGCGCCACCGUCAGUCAAAGCUGAAGCCCCCGAAGGCGCGUAGUGAAGUGCGCGCGCGUGUGCGAGUCUCUCGGGCGCCUCUGUGUAGGCCAGUUUUUGUGUGUUAGUAGUCGAUUGGUCGUCACGCUCGACGCUUGUCUCCCGGUUGUUCUUCGAUUCCGUACACAAUCGCCAGUUUUUUCGUUGAAAUAUUUUUCUUUUGUUUGUUUGUUUCUUUUCGCGGACUUGCGAACAUUUUUCGUUAGUGAAUGUGUCGCCAUUUUCCCGCUGCUGAAGGACCAGGUGUUGUUGUGUGUCGUCACAGAACGACGGCGUGAAGCCCAAUUUGUUCGUGCUCUUGCAUCUGAGUGUGUCUGUGUGUGUGUGCAGUGUGUUUCUGCGUGUUGGCAAAGGAAUUUCGAUUGACGGCCAUGUUUUUGUUGUCGGCCACUGUUUUGAACCUUUUCUCGGUCGAGUCUUGUUGAUUUUUUCGGCCAACCAACGCACAGACCAAUCAAUCGGUUUUGGUUUCACCGAGUAGUUAUUUUUGUAAUUUGAUCAAACAAUAAACACUGAUCGCCUGAAGGUGGAUCUUCGUUGCAGCGCCGGUGCGUUGCCGCCAAUGCUUUCGUUGGCCAACAGCAGCAGCAGCAGCAGCAGCAGCAGUGCGGCCAACAUGUCGGCGGCUGGAGGUGGUUCGUCAUCGGGCGGAGGCGGUGCCGGACUAGUGGGUAGCAACAAGCGGCAACAUUGCUACCUCUGCGAUCUACCCAGAACGCCAUGGGCCAUGCUGCAAGACUUUAGCGAACCCGUUUGUCGUGGAUGCGUCAAUUAUGAAGGACCCGACAGGAUCGAACUCGUCAUCGAAUCAGCACGACAGAUGAAACGAGGCCCUUACCCUGGUGGCGAACCCAUGCCACCAACGGCCGGCCCAACGUCGUCGUCGUCGUCGCAACGACCGGCCGAACUGAGAGUCACGACCACACCGGGGCCGGGCAAAUCCAGCCAUCCGGUCGAAAGGCUGCAGAGUCGGCAGUCGGAAUUGAGCAACGGCAACAAUGCUUCGGAUGGAUUAGCUAAUGUCAUGCCGGCCCAUGCUCACGGAGGUCACGGGCAUGGAGGACAUCCCGGAGUCCCAUCCAUGUCUCGCUCGUCUCAUGGACCUCCUGGACCAGUCGGACCACCAGGCGGCUACAAUCACAUGCAUAUAAAUGAGCGCCCUCGACAUUUACCUGCCGAUUACCCGUCUCGAUUGCAGCAGCAGCAGCAGCAGCAGAAUAGUGUCAUGACCCGAAUGGAUUCGCUGGAUCAUUCCGAUCUGCGUGGACCUUCGGUUCGCGGUGGUCCCUCUGCCGGUGGUCACCACAUGCAGAUCAAUUCACACGGCCGUUCCGGUGGACCUAAAAGAGAACGAGACGACGACGACGUCAACAAUGCUCCGUCUCAAGCCACUUCGUACCUGUCGAGUAACGGUAUGAUGGUCCAGCUGCAACACGCUGACGGAUCCAAACGCUCCGCCAUGGAAACGAUAUCCGAUUUUCGGCCUCAGUUGACGCGGGGAGAUUCGCUUCCAGUCGGAUUGCCUGUCCAGUUUGAUCAGCGUGACGGCCGGUUGAAUCACAAGGAACGACCCACUCGAGUUAAUUCCUUCGACGCUCCAUCCUCUAACAAAGUAUUUCCCGGAAUCCCGUCUGCAUCCGGUGGAAAUCGCGGCGGAGUAACUGCAUCUCCACUGACUAGAAACAGUCCACCGGGUGGGCCUCAUCAGCUUCCACCCGGCCAUCCGCUCAUGGUGCCCCCACACUCUUCGGCCGGCCCACUGCCACCUAGUAACAAUCACGGGCCGUCCCAGCAACAAACGUCGCAACAGCAGCAACAACAACAGCAACAACAACAACAUCCGCAUCACCCAACAACGUCCAUCAACGGUGGUCCACCUUCUUCUACUCCACCCUAUGGCGCUGGGCCACCGGGCUCUCACGCUCACCCGCCUCCGCCCUCCACAACUGCCAGCGGAUUGACCGGUGGCGGAGGGAAUGCGGUACCUCCUGCUAAUCCAGGCAAAGCCGCUUCACCGAUGCAAUCGCUCAUUUCGGUGGCCGAUACAAUACUGCCCGUCUCAAAUUCACCUCGAGGAAGUCCGCCGACCGGACCUGCCGGAGUGGCUCAACUUUCCCGCACACCAUCCAGGGGAUCCCAGCAUUCCCCCAGCUCAUCAGGAUCGGCCACAAGUCGGCGAUCAUCUGGAAACGGCGGUGCGACGGUGAGCAACGGGCGCCACGGUUCAACGUCCGAGGUGAAUGCGACAAGCGCCAGCCCUUCCGAUCCGGGAUCUCACUACGCCGGAUCGGACAGCGGCGUUAGCAGUGGUGGCGGAAGCAACAGCAACAUCAACCCGACGACGGUUGCCGUUCCGCCGGCUGUUGCGGCCGCUGCAGCCGCUGCAGCGGCAGCGGCGGCGACGCUCAAGUGCACCAUUUGUCAGGAGCGGUUAGAGGACACGCACUUUGUCCAGUGCCCUUCGAUCUCGCAUCACAAGUUUUGCUUUCCAUGUUCCCGUGAUAGCAUCAAACAGCAAGGUGCCGGAUCAGAGGUUUACUGCCCCAGCGGAGAGAAAUGUCCGUUGGCCGGGUCAAAUGUUCCCUGGGCCUUCAUGCAAGGCGAAAUCGCUACAAUCCUGGGAGAGGAGAUGAACAACAAACCGCUCACAAAAGAGCGGGAAACUUGAAAAAAAGUUUCAAAUUUUUUCCCCCCUCUCGACACCACCACCACCACCACCCCCUCAUAAACCCCAUAUUUUGAGCUCUCUUUUUUUUCUGGUUCCUCCGUAUUCCUUUUUUAUAUCGGAGUGAUUUUUUUGUGACCCGUUUGGAAGGUCCUGAUUUUUUUUUUUUCUCUUUUGGAUUUUUGUCGAUACAAAUCCCGCGUGGAUCAUGCCGUGCGUGUUUCUCCACAUACACAGACACACACACACAACAACAUGAAACACAUACACAUUAUAGGGUGGAGGAAUUAUUUCCUUUGCCCGUUUGUUGAUGAAAUGAUUUUUUGUCCACUCUUUAAAUAAUCAAGUGCAACGGCCAUUAUUAGACAGACACAGACACGAAACGCUCAACUAUUUUUGCUCCCAUUUUUUAAAUUGUCAUUUUGUUCGGUUUUCAGACAUUUUGCUGGAUGAUUCCGUCUCUUUUGGUUUUUUUCUUUUUCUCUCUUCAUAUUUUGUGUGUACUGUAGAUAUCGUCCGUACGCACACGCAUAACACCGAUUGUGUAUGGCA